UUGCACACGCGUGUGAAUGGAUCCACCGACACGCUAGACGCCAGCCUGACUCAUGGCUGCUUAUGGAUCCAGAGUGGGUAACAGCUCAGCACCGCCCUGCUCCGCCUGAACACGGCGCAGUAACGAGCCGUGCAUCCUCCACCCCGGUGGGGCACAAAGGACCAGGUUCCGCUGACAGUCGGACCAGCAUGAGGCUGGUGUGGAAGUCCCUGGACAAGAUGAGGUGUCUUCGGAAACGCUCCACCAUCCCCUUCCUCGGCUUCCUCAUCACCUUCCUCCUCUUCCUCAACCUCUAUAUCGAGGACGGAUACGUGCUGGAGGAGGACAAGAGGCAACUCCGGGAAUCGUCAGCGCACCCCACCACCUCAGAGCGAUACGGCCACACCUUUCGGGAACUCACCAAUUUCUCCGGAACCAUCAACGUGACGUAUCGCUAUCUCGCCGGGACGCCUCUUAAUCGCAAGAAGUAUCUUACCAUCGGUCUCUCAUCGGUCAAGAGGAAAAGAGGAAACUACUUGCUGGAAACUAUCAAGUCCAUCUUCGAUCAGUCCAGCUACGAGGAGCUGAAGGAGAUUGUGGUGGUGGUCCACCUGGCCGACUUUGACCUGGUGUGGUGCGAGAACCUAGUGCAAGAAAUCACCAGGAAGUUCGCCCACCACAUCAUAGCAGGGCGCCUGCUGGUCAUCCAGGCUCCGGAGGAGUAUUACCCGUCUCUAGACGGCCUCAAAAGGAACUACAACGACCCGGAAGACCGGGUCCGGUUCCGCUCCAAACAGAACGUAGACUACGCCUUCCUCCUCAACUUCUGCACAAACCUCUCCGACUUCUACAUGAUGCUGGAGGACGACGUGCGCUGCUCCAGGAACUUCCUGACCUCCCUGAAGAAGGUGAUCACCUCCAGGGAAGGAUCCUACUGGGUGAUGCUGGAGUUCUCCAAGCUGGGCUACAUCGGGAAGCUCUACCACUCCAGAGACCUGCCACGCCUGGCCCACUUCCUGCUCAUGUUCUACCAGGAGAUGCCGUGCGACUGGCUCCUGAUUCACUUCAGGGGCCUGCUUGCCCAGAAGGACGUGAUCCGCUUCAAGCCCUCGCUGUUCCAGCACAUGGGCUACUACUCCUCCUACAAAGGGGCCGAGAACAAGCUGAAGGACGAUGACUUUGAGGAAGACUCCAUAGACAUACCGGACAACCCUCCGGCCAGUCUGUACACGAACAUCAACGUGUUUGAGAACUACGACGCCACCAAGGCCUACAGCAGCAUAGACGAGUACUUCUGGGGGAAGCCUCCCUCCACCGGAGACUUCUUUGUUAUCGUCUUCAACAAGUCGACCAAAAUAAACAAAAUCAAAAUCAUCACCGGGUCGGACGAUCGGCAGAACGACAUUCUCCACCGGGGGGCUCUGGAGGUGGGCGAGAAGCUGGUGGGAACCAAAAAGGGAAAACAGUGCACAUCCUACAUCACAUUGGGGGAGUUUAAAAAUGGCCACAUCGAGGUGCAAAACGUGGACCAUAAAAUUGCCUUUGACAUUGAGUGUGUCCGUAUUGUGGUGACAGCAAGUCAAAAAGAAUGGCUUAUCAUUAGGAGUAUCAGUUUAUGGACUACACAACCCCCGAGUCAAUGAGGACUUGGCGUUAUGACUCAUAUAGGCAAAUCUUUUUUAUUAUUUAUUAAUUUAGUUACUUUCUGGUUAUUUAUCAAUUCAUGGAUGUUAUUGUGUAUUUAUAAGAUAUCAUUUGGAUAUGCGAAAAAUUAUCUUUUAAUUAUUUUUUUUUAUACCCACAGGCAAAAGUAUUAUCUUUGGUGUUCAAAAUUUUCGACUCAUUACAAAGGACUGCUUUUACCUGGUUUGACCUUGAGGAUUCAUAAAAGUACUUUGUUUUCUCUAAGUUUUCAAAGUAAUUUGUUUAUUUUUUCUUUCAAAUCCAUCCUCACUGUUCUGUUGGAAAGCAAUUAGCCAGCCGCAACCAUUUAGAAUUCAUUUCUCAAGGAAGAUAAGACACUCCAGCUUUCAAAUUGAAAAAUGCUCCGUGGUAAAUAAGACAGAAAUAGACCAUUGAAUAAAUCAAAAUAACUUAAUAAACUAAUUGAUUACGAUAUAAAUAAUAUCUGGUGAAUGGAUGAUGUUUCAAGUCAGCCCUUUACACACUGAAAAGACGAUAAAUAAUUGGCUGAUAAUGCCGUCUAAAUGAGGAAGAGGAUGACCAUUAUCCAGUGCUUCACUUUGCAUCUUCGAUUUGUGUGCCUCUUUUUGGUGGCGAGUGGAGCGGUCUUUUUCUUCUCCUUUCCAAAGUGACGCCCCCCCCAACAGCAUUGUGUUGAUGGCCAGUCAUCCAUUCACGAGCGAUCAAACGACUGCUGGAGUGUAGCCUCGGGGACGCCACUCUCCGUGCGCGUCCCUAUUUGGCCUCCGAAUUAUUUCCACCCUUGGACGUCCACAAGGACGUUGCCUUGAAUAUUCAUGCGUGUCGUAUCAGACUCUACCAGCCGCUGCGUCUGAUAUCCCCGCAGCGCUGGCGUCUGCGGCGGCGGCGGCGGCAGCGGCUGGAGAUGUUUCCACCAGAAGUGCGGUGCUGCUCCGUCGGCAGCAGAAGACAACAGAACAUGUUUGUUUUGGCUCUUUCUCCGGGAUUGGAUGUGCUAGGCAGCGAAAGGGGUGUGUGGAGAACACAGCCUCACACACACAGGCACGCACGCACGCACACGAAUGCACACAUAGACACACACACACACACACACACACACACACACACACACACACACACACACACACACACACACACACACACACACACACACACACACACACACACACACACACACACACACACACAACCCUGAUCUCUGGGUCUGCUUUUUAUUUAUUUAAUUUUUUUAUUUUGUUCAACCACAGCACAAUUUUCCUCCGGUAAAUUGGUCCGUGUUUGUGCGAGUGAGCUACACCAGUAGAACAACACCGACGCCCGCCCCCCCCCCCCCCCCCCCCCAGAGCUAACGGAUCUCAAUUCACUCUCUUUCCUUGAAAUGUUUGUUCUGUUUGUUUGUGCGGCUGCACGGAGUAUCCCGGGCUCACCGGGGAACCGGGCUGACCUCCCUGUCACAAGCUGCUGCUGUAGUUACCAGCCGAGAGAACACAUAGACACACACACACGCAGGUUUACACAAAACACACACACACACACACACACACACACACACACAUACACACCCUUAGAAUGACUUACGCCUACACACAAAUAAACAAA